AUGGACAGCAUAAUGCAGCUCUUCGGCAGGAAACCUACUGCUCACCGAACGUUGUGUAAAGAGUCGGAUUCGGUUGUCCGGCAGCAGCUUUCGGCGCGUGAAAAGAAUUAUCCUGGCGGAUGCAAAGGGAGUAACGCGGGGGAGAUGAUGGAUUUCUUCCGGGGCCUUCUGUCUGCAGAAUUCUUCGAAAUGCUGGAAAAAAUGCAGGUGGUACCGAGCAUGUCUUAUGCUUCGGAUGGUUUCUCGUAUCGCUUGACCUUGGUCCAGGUCAAGGUAUCCCUUUGUGCCACACUAAAAUAUCAGGAUCUUCCCAGUCGCCUCUGUCGACCAGAGGAGGAAUUGCUGAUGGAGAGCAGCACGUUUCAGGGCAUUGGGUGCGAUUCCCAAGGGAAGGAGAGUGGCAGGGGGGAGGCCAGAGCCUACCGGAGACACUUCCUGGGGAAGGAUCAUUUAAAUUUUUAUUGUACAGCCAGCAGCCUAGGGAAUCUGAUCCUCUCUAUUAAGUGUGAAGAGGCAGAUGGCACUGAAUAUUUAAGGAUUAUACUCAGGUCUAAGGUGAAGACGUCGCACGAGAGGAUCCCCCUGGCCGGCCUCAGCAAGCUCCCCAGCAUCCCGCAGAUCGCGAAGGCUUUCUGCGACGACGCCUCCGGCCUGAGGUUCAGCCCGGUCCUGUACCCCAAGGCAUCCCAGAUGAUAGUGUCUUACGAUGAACAUGAAGUCAACAAUACUUUCAAGUUUGGUGUGAUCUAUCAGAAAUUUAGGCAGACCCUAGAGGAAGAGUUGUUUGGAAAUAAUGAAGAGAGUCCUACCUUCAAAAGCUUCUUAAGUUUGCUGGGAGACACCAUAACGCUCCAGGACUUCAAAGGUUUUCGCGGAGGGCUGGACGUCAGCCACGGGCAGACGGGCGCCGAGUCGGUGUACACCACGUUUCGGGACAGGGAGAUCAUGUUUCACGUCUCCACAAAGCUGCCGUUCACCGAAGGAGAUACGCAACAACUUCAGAGAAAGAGGCACAUUGGAAAUGACAUCGUGGCGAUUAUAUUCCAAGAAGAGAACACGCCGUUUGUCCCAGACAUGAUCGCCUCCAACUUCUUGCACGCCUACAUCGUCGUGCAAGUGGAAAACCCCGAGACAGAUAACACAUCCUAUAAGGUGUCUGUCACAGCGCGGGAAGACGUCCCCUCCUUCGGCCCGCCUCUGCCCAGCCCACCGGUGUUUCAAAAAAGCCCAGAGUUCAGGGAGUUCCUGCUCACCAAACUCAUCAAUGCUGAAAACGCCUGCUGCAAGUCUGACAAGUUUGCGAAGCUGGAGGACCGGACACGGGCUGCGUUGUUGGACAACCUUCAUGACGAGCUCCAUGGGCACACCCAAGCCAUGCUGGGACUGGGGCCUGAGGAGGACAAACUUGAGAACGGAGGCCAUGGAGGCUUUUUGGAGUCAUUUAAGAGAGCGAUCCGGGUGCGCAGCCACUCCAUGGAGACCAUGGUGGGCAGCCAGAGGAGGCACCACGGUGGUGGCAUCCCCGGCAGCCUCAGCGGCGGCAUCGCCCACAACAGCGCCGAGGUCACCAAGACCACCUUCUCGCCACCGGUGCCAGUGGCUACAGCCAAGAACCAGUCCCGGAGUCCUAUUAAACGACGUUCGGGGCUGUUCCCUCGCCUGCACACGGGGUCUGAAAGCCAGUCGGAGAGCAGGACAAGAUGUGACAGUGUUUCUGGAGCCCAGAAGAUGCCAGAUAUGGGACAUUCUUCUCAAGAGAUGAAAUCUGAAACCUCAUCCAACCCCAGCUCCCCCGAAAUAUGCCCCAACAAAGACAGGUGAGUGGGAAUUGCUGGCAGCUCGCUCCAGCUUCUGGCUAGAGCUCAGAGUCCCACAAGUCACUGUGCACAGCUCUCUGUGGAAACGAAGGGCCUGGUGCCAUCUUUCCCGUUGCAGGGCAGCCAACCGUCCACGGCAUCGCCCUUCAAGCAGGACGUGUUCGUCUACAGCGCGUCGCCCGGUGGCGAGAGCCCGAGCGGAGCCACAGCCACCCCUGUGAUCAUGAGCCGGAGCCCCACAGAUAUAAAGAACAGAAACUCUCCAAGGUCAAAUCUGAAGUUUCGCUUCGAUAAGCUCAGCCACUGCAGCUCCAGCACGAGUCACUAGCAGGAAAAAGGAAUCAUGAACUUUUAGAAGGUGAGUGUUUGCAACGCUGUGUGUUUGUCUCGUCUGUGGUCAAACACGCAUCCUUUAAAGACUGUUAACUUUGGAUAAUCGUGCUGGUUAUUACACACGUGAUCAAAAGUGCACCUUAAAAGGACCUAAAUGCUUUCGUGAGAUAGGCACAGUAUUGAAUGAGAAAAGCUGCAGAGGUUGUUGCUGAUGCGAAGGAUCUGUGCCCUGUAAGUGCGGCUAAGCAGGUUUCCGUAUUUCUUUCUGGAGUAGUUUGAAAGGUUCCCAGCAAUGGCUCUGCCGCUUCCUUUCAGGGAAGACGUGCCACCGCCUCCUAGAUUUCAUUUUUCCACAGAUAACCACGCGCUAAAAAGCUGGUGCUUGUUCCUCCAGCGAGGACAGAGGUUCGCUUUGCUUUGCUCUGUCUGCCCUAGGAGAGUAGAUGUCCCUUUCCCUCCCGCAGGGAGACGGGAGGAAGCGGCCGG